CAUUUCGAUAACACGAAUUUGCUUAUAUAUCUUUGGAAGAACUAUUGAUAAAUAGUGUACACUGUACUGUACUCAGUAAUGUGUUGUUGCAGGUGCAAAGCUGCAAACAGUCAUGGCGGAGCUAGUGUUAGAUUCGAAUAUAAGAUUUUGGGUAUUUCUGCCGAUCGUUGUUAUCACGUUUUUGUUUGGUGUAUUGAGGCACUAUGUUUCUAUUCUUUUGGCGUCUCAAAAGAAACCGGAGCUCCAGCAAGUUCAGGACAGUCAAGUUAUGAUACGAGCACGACUUUUGAGAGAAAACGGAAAAUAUUUGCCGAAGCAGUCGUUCCUCAUGCGACGGCACUUUUUCAACAACGAAGAAACUGGUUACUUCAAAACUCAAAAGCGAGCUCCUGUGUCACAAAAUCCGAUGACUGAUCCCAGCAUGAUGACAGACAUGCUUAAGGGCAAUAUAACCAAUGUAAUUCCAAUGAUAAUGAUUGGCGGUUGGAUAAAUUUAAUGUUCUCAGGAUUUGUCACUACCAAGGUACCAUUUCCACUGACACUGCGUUUCAAGCCAAUGUUGCAGAGAGGUAUAGAGCUUGUCAGUUUAGACGCAUCAUGGGUUUCAUCAGCUUCGUGGUAUUUUCUGAAUGUUUUUGGACUGCGGAGCAUUUACACUUUAGUACUCGGCGAAAACAACGCAGCCGAUCAAGCACGCCACCUUCAAGAUCAGAUGUCGGGUGCUGCAAUGGCAAUGCCGCCAGAUCCGAAAGGAGCCUUCAAAGCUGAAUGGGAAGCACUGGAAAUUUGUGAACAUCACUGGGCUUUAAGCAACAUAGAGAAUGAUCUUGUAGAGAGUGUUACGUACGGAGAAAGUGAUUCGUGACCUAUGCGCUGGCGACAACGGAGGUGCAGAAUAAUAAUGAUAGUUAAAGACAAGUUUUCAUAGCACCGCGGAUGUACAUGAACACUGCAGUAUUUGUUAAUUUUAUUUUCCAAAAAGUUUUAUGAAAAUAUACCAGUGUGUAGUAAAUUAUUGUUGUUAGUGUUGUACAGACAUUCCUUUGAAAUACACAUUGAUGUUAAUGAA